AUGGCAACGACCACGGAGCCGCCGCCAAAGCAUGUGAAGCUCCGGUACCGGGCAUUGGCCUAUGUCCGUCGAUUCGGUCGGCACCAGAAGAGAUCGCCCCGCCCUCGAGCUUCCAGCCGACGAAGCUUCGCGGACACCGGCGGAGCUCGCCCCCCAAUCCGAAUCACGAGUCCACGACGAUUUUCCGAUUCAGGUGGAGCUCGCCCCGUAGUGCGCGUGGCCAGCAAACGAAGCUUCACCGAGUCAAACGGAGCUCGUCCGGUGGUCCGCGUCGGCAGUCGAAGGAGUUUUGCAGACUCGGGGGGCGCUCGUCCGGUAGUCCGAAUUGCCAGUAAACGGAGCUUUGCCGACUCAAACCCGGGGCCGCGCAGCCUUGUCGAGUGUAACGAAGCACCCGCUGAGAUCAAGGUCACUACUCGGAGCAGGAGAGCAAGUCGAGCUCGCCGUCAGAAGCGAGAGAAGCGUCGACAUCGCUUUCUUCCAUCGCUGCACAGUCACGGCGGCCACCGGUUCCGACUCUUCUGCGGGUGUUGCGUGGAGCAGGACGCCAUUGAUCCAGCGGAGACGCCGUCAUCCGUCGAUAUCAGCACGGUCGGAGCUCGAGCCGCCAGCUUGGACAGCGGAUUCGGCUACACCUGUGCCAGUCCAGUGUCGUGUCCACCGCCUCAUGGCCUCGUACCAACUCGAACGUUCCCCACGACGCUCAAGCUCCGCUCGAGAGAUGGAACCGGCAACGGCAAGUUCACGCUCCACACAGGGACCAGCGGCUUCGCGUCCACUGGGUUCAAGCGCAAGGCUCCGUCGUCCUCGUCGUAUCCGUCCUACACCCCCACGACGCCGCCCUCCCCGUUCAUGAACGACUUCAUCCCAACCGGAACAUUCAACAACACCCGAGCUCGCUCUCGCGUGUCCGUCGGGUGCAACGGGUGGUUCUUGCACGACGAUGACCCGUCCAUCGUGGGCUUGUACCGACGUCGCAGCAGCGGCGGCGAAGUCCCGAAGCCUAUCAUCACGCACCUCUCGCAGGUAGCCGAAGGCUCCCAAGACAGCGAAGCCGAGUACGACAGGGAGGGCUCGCCCAAGAGA